AUGGGGCUAUUUUGGCGAGCUCUGUGCCUAUUGCUCCUUUUGCUGUGCUCCACGCACUGCAGCUCCGCAGAGGAGCGUGGACAGCCGGUGGGAGGUCGCCCACUGAAUGCCCCGGGCCUGGAGCUAAAGCUGCCAACGAGGGAGGAUCUGGAAGGGGCCGCGGCCGCAGCCCGGUCACUGGCAGAGAACGCGGGGGAGAAGGUCAAAGAGGCUGCCGAUAAGGCCACUACGGAGGCGAAAUCUCGCACCCAUUCGCCCGACAGCGCCCCGGCGGCCCUCGCGUUGUUUUCGAGCCCAUUGCAGCUCGCGGCCGCGCUCGCCCUCGCCCUCACCAUUACCGUUUGA